AUGAGUGUUACACCGGGUCUUGGUGCUUUUAAUAAAGAUAAGGUAGCCAAUAAAUUUGGCAUUCAAUUAAAAAAUAAAGAUUCAAAUAAACAAUCUCAACAACUAUUAACUUCAUCAAGUGAGAAAAAAACGGUUAACACAGAAACAUCUACUAUAACAGAAAGCAAAACAGUCAGUGAUUUUCGUACAAAAAAUGAAUCAAAUGGAUUAAAGACAAAGAAAAAUAUUCGUCGGCAAUGUCCUUCAUCGAAAACACCAGAACCAGUAAGAAAAUCUCUUGAAAAUUCAAUAAAAAGUAAGUCCAGUCUUGAACUUGUGUCUACGUCAACGAAUCAUGAACGACGUAAUUCGUUGAAUACAAACGUCAACCAUUCCAAAUCUUCAAUUCUUGUGGAAUCAAAUGAAUCAAUUAAUUGUAUUUCUCCAUGUUUAUCGUCAUCAUCAUCGAAUAUUUUAUUAUCACCAAAACCAUCUACUACAAUGAAACGGUCUAGUUUAACAUUAAUUGAUCGAGAUAUACUAUUAGAACCAUCUUUAACUGAACGAAUUAGUACAACAACAACAACAAAAAAACGAAUUGUUUCACCAGAAGCUUCUGCUAACCAAUUGAAUAUUUCAAAAAGUAUGACUAAAACUGAAGCAGAAAUUGAACAUCAAAAAGAUCAACCAUUAUAUAAAAGACAAUUAUCAAAAACAUUAGAUAGUCCUACAUCAAUGGCAAAUAAAAAUAAACAUCAAAAUGAACAUACUACAAUAUCAUCAAAUACAAUGUUAAAACGGUAA